AUGGGAUUCCAGCCCGAAGAGCUGGCGGCCGACGCCCGCCCAGCCGUCGUCGAGACCGUGACUUGCCACAACGACAAGGCGCCUUCACCGCCAAACUGGAGCCCGCUGUUUCGCCACCCGUGCGAGUUCGGCCCCUCCGUGUUCGGCGAUGUUUUGGUCAAUCUCAUCCAGAACCCCAAUAUCAAUUCGUCGUGGCUCUUCCGCGCCGACAUUCUGUAUGACUCAGCCGCCUCCGAGUCAAAGGGCCCGGGCCGCCCAGAUGACGAGCUUGGCCCGCCAUCCGAGACCGACAACACAUCGUCUGGUCCAGUGCGCAUUCCUUCUUUUGCCGGGUAUGAGUUGAAGCGCACCAUCGUCCGGCGACUCAUUCCGAGGAACACGCUGCGGGACAAGCCCCUGGAUCAAACAUGCCUCAUCUACCAGACUGUAUCUAAUCAGAAGGGGGGAGAAGAAUCGGACGAUGUAGUCAUUCCAGAAGAGAAUACACUGGUAGUCUACCUCCCCCAUGUUGCGGAUGGCAGUGAAAUGCCCUUUUACCACCCCGUCGUAAAAGGGAUAGCCUUUCUGCACAGUUGGACGGCUGCAGAAUCCUCAGGGUCCAUCUCCAUUUCCUACCAGUUCUUCAACGAGGCAGAAGACCGUUCCACCGUCAAGCUGACCAGAACGGCGCUGCGUCUCCUCGAGGUCAUCCAUAAACACGGCAAGGGCCGGUUAGCAGGCUACCAAAAGCGAGUCCACCACGACCAAAUCCUACCCCAGGCGCGCGUGCAAAACACAUAUGCCCAGCUCAAGCGCAAGUACGCGCGUGAGCUGAUCGAGAGCUGGGCUGAGACUACGGACCCGGAGAAACACGUGUUCGAGGACCUGUGCAUCGCCGCGUUUCUGGUCGAAUUAUGGGCGGAUAUGUACGGGCGCCCCAGCCGCCAAACCCCCUUUCCGGGGUUUGUGGACAUUGGCUGUGGCAACGGCCUGCUUGUUUACAUUCUGAACCGGGAAGGGUUCGGGGGUUGGGGCUUCGACGCGCGCGCGCGCAAGUCCUGGUCCACAUACAACACCAAGUUCAUAGCCCCUUCGGGAAGUGAGGAAGACACCCUCCAAGAACUCGUCCUCCUCCCAGCCCCAGUCAGCAGCGGCGAGGAGAUCACAACCACCACCCUCCCACAGGACCGCAUCCACAACGGCCGCUUCCCAAAAGGCACAUUCAUCAUCUCCAACCACGCCGACGAGCUCACCCCCUGGACCCCAAUCCUCGCGACACUUUCAGAAUGCCCGUUCAUAGCCAUCCCCUGCUGCAGCCACAACCUCGCAGGCGAGCGGUACCGCGCACCACCGCCCAGGGACAAGACCAAGGCUGACUCGGCGUACUCGUCCCUGGUAGCGUGGGUGGCGGAUAUCGCGACGGACUGUGGGUGGGAGGUGGAGCAGGAGAUGCUUCGGAUUCCGAGUACACGUAACACGGCGAUGAUCGGGCGGACGCGGUCACGGGGAGCGGAGCUGGUGGAUGUUGAUGAUGUUGUCCAGCGGUAUGGAGGCGCCGCUGGGUAUUUGGCGAGCGUGAUCAAGCUUGUCACGUCUACCUCGUCAGGGGUUGAACAUUGA